AUGCAUAAGAGAGAAAAUCCACUUAUUGAAUAUAACCAUGAAUAUGAUAUAUGGCUUUUACCUUAUACUGAAGAACCUUUUGAUUGUGGAUAUACCCAAUUUGCUUCAACUAACAUAUUGGAUACAGUUAAUAUGAUUUGGUCAACAGGGUCAAUAGAAAAUGCACCGUCAUAUAGACAUGGAUACACUUCUAUUAUGUUAUCAAAUGGUGUGAUUUUAUAUAUUGAAGGAUGCAAUGAUUCUGAAUGUAUGCCAAUGAAUCUGAUAAAUGUUUAUGAUACAAAAAUUAAUAAAUGGUCUUUAUUUAGCACUAGAGGUCAAGAUAUUGGUUUUCAUGAACAUCAUUCUGCAGUCUUGGCAGUAUUAAAUACUGCACAUGCCUCUUGUGAAUGGUCAACACCAAAAAUUUCAAAUAAUGCUGAUACACCUCCAUUGCUUUAUGGACACAGUGCAACCUCAACUGACAAAUAUAUGAUAGUUGCAUUUGGUUAUAUAAGUUCUAAAAUCAAAACUAAAAAAUACAAUAAACAUUUAUAUAUUUUUGACGUGGAAUCUUAUAGCUGGGUUGAUAAAUUUAUUGUGUUAGAAUCACUACCAAAACAACCUUCACAUUUUCCUGUUAAUCCUUAUUAUAACAAAUUCAUUAAUCUUUUUGUCAUUUGGUGA